AUGAAAAGUCUAGGUCAAAACGUUCCUGAGCUCAUCAUUCUUCCUGUUUACAGUGCCCUUACUAGUCAAACGCAGUCUAUAAUAUUCCAUCCUCCCCGUCCUGGUACAAGGAGAGUGGUUGUAGCGACAGAUAUUCCAGAAGCUUGUUUGACAAUACAUGGGAUAUAUUAUGUUGUUGAUCCAGGGUUUGUAAAGCAGAAGGCGUAUGACGCAAGGCAAAGGCUAGAGUCGCUAGUCAUUACUCCAAUCUCACAGGCAUCAGCGAGGCAGAGAGCUGGACGUGCUGGUCGUACUGGUCCUGGUGGUAAGUGUUACCGUCUCUACACAGAGAGCGCAUACCGUAACGAGAUGCCUCCUACGACAACCCCUGAAAUCCAGAGGGUUAAUCUCGGAAUGACAACGCUGACCAUCAAGUGA